CCAAAGUUGUAAUCGCACAUCGGCAGGGGAAAAAAACCCAACCGGCAUCUUCAAUAGACGCGAUGACCUCCAGUGAAGUUGAACUGCCAGGAGAGGUGAAGAACGACCCGGCUGCGCUCAUGGCAUCUCUCCAUCUGAUGCCCUCACCGGUACCCAAUCCUGAGAUCAAGUACACCAAGAUUUUUAUUAAUAAUGAAUGGCAUGAUUCUGUGAGCGGCAAGGUCUUCCACACGUACAACCCUGCCACAGGAGAGAAGAUCUGUGAUGUCCAGGAAUCCGACAAGGCUGAUGUGGAUAAAGCUGUGCAGGCUGCACGUUCGGCCUUCUCUCUGGGUUCAGUAUGGAGGAAGAUGGAUGCAUCUGAACGGGGGAAGCUACUGUUCAAACUGGCUGAUCUGGUGGAGAGAGACAGUGCUUACCUUGCUACCCUGGAGUCUCUGGACAGCGGCAAACCUUUCCUCCCCUGCUUCUUUGUGGACCUUCAGGGGAUCAUUAAAACAUUUCGAUAUUACGCUGGAUGGGCAGAUAAGAUCCACGGGUCUACAAUUCCAAUUGAUGGAGAAUUUUUCACCCUCACCAGACAUGAGCCCAUUGGAGUGUGUGGACAGAUCAUUCCUUGGAACUUCCCCCUGGUGAUGACAGCAUGGAAAUUGGGGCCGGCGCUGAGCUGCGGGAACACGGUUGUCCUGAAACCUGCUGAGCAAACCCCUCUCACCUGCCUCUACCUCGGCGCUCUGAUCAAAGAGGCUGGGUUUCCACCGGGAGUCGUCAAUAUUUUGCCAGGCUAUGGGCCAACCGCAGGAGCCGCGAUCUCUUCGCACAUGGGCAUAGACAAAGUGGCGUUCACAGGAUCGACUGAGGUAGGCAAGCUGAUCCAAGAAGCAGCAGGAAAGAGCAAUCUGAAGAGAGUCACGCUGGAGCUCGGGGGAAAGAGUCCCAACAUCAUUUUUGCAGAUGCUGAUUUUGAGCUGGCAUUAGAACAGGCCCAUCAGGGGGUUUUCUUCAAUAACGGUCAAUGCUGCACUGCUGGUUCCCGUAUCUUUGUUGAGGAGCCCAUUUAUGAUGAGUUUGUGAGAAGAAGUGUUGAGAGAGCACAGAGGAGGAAAGUGGGAAAUCCCUUUGACCCAACCACUGAACACGGACCUCAGGUGAGCGAGGAGCAGCAGAGACGUGUGCUGGAGCUCAUCCAGAGUGGCAUCACUGAAGGAGCCAAACUGGAGUGUGGAGGCAAAGCUCCUCCUACUAAAGGCUUCUUCGUGGAGCCCACAGUUUUCUCUAAUGUGAAGGACCACAUGCGCAUCGCCAAGGAGGAGAUAUUUGGGCCAGUGCAGCAAAUCAUGAAGUUCAAAACAAUUGAAGAAGUGAUUGAGAGAGCCAACAACACAGAAUACGGUCUGGCAGCGGCCGUCUUCACCAGAGAUAUCAGCAAGGCCAUGACCAUCUCUGCAGCAGUGCAGGCCGGCACCGUCUGGAUUAACUGUUAUAACGCCCUGUCCUGCCAGUGUCCUUUCGGAGGAUUCAAAAUGUCCGGCAAUGGCCGUGAACUCGGAGAGAUCGGACUGAAAGAGUACACAGAGCUGAAAACCAUUACGAUGAAGAUGUCAGGCAAGACGUCUUAAAGCACAGACAUGUACAUGUUCGUUGCAGCUGGAAGUCUUGAUGUUAGCCGUUAUCCUUUGGUGGGGUAUAGUGGUAAAACGCAGUGAACCACCCAUCACUUCUGCAUUGGAGCGCCUCUUCUGCUGCAUCCUCAUAGGCUGUUAUCAUAAACUACCCUUCAUCUCCACCUCCACCAUUAACUGCCUACACCCAUUCCAGCUGUGUGUCCCCCUUUCACCGGCUCCACUAACCAUACUAAAGCACUCGGGGUCCCGGUGAAGGAGGGCCAUGCUUUUGACCACCGCACCAGCAGCGUGCAGACACUAACAGACUGUGACUUCUCUUUCAAUCUCAAUCUCUGAUCAUCUUCUGCAUCAAGAGGUUCGAUGUUUCAGAGACGUGUCAUUCUCAAACCUCAUCAUUAACUUACCUUUCCACUGGGUAGAAAUCGAGUAGGCAUAUUAGUUUGUACUAAGACCACUGAAGCUCUCAGAAAAAAAGAUGUUUUCAUCGAAUGAGUAUUAAUUCUUAAAUUUGUGUAAUUGUUUUUUAUUUCAUUGUUUGAUUGUUUUUACAAUGUAUAACUUUGUCGAUGUCUUGACCAAUGUAAACAAAAAUGUUUUACCUCUGAAAAAAAAAAAAAAA